ACUAAAAGUUACACUAACAUUCCAUUAAAUCCACAACAUAGCUUAUUCAAUUGAGAAUCGCAAAAGCAUUACAGGUCAUGAUUCGCCACUUACUAACUAGAGGUAUAAAGUAAGAAAAAUUAGUGCUGUUUUGGCAUUGAUUCGCGACGAGUGACUCAUCAGACUCGGUUCCACACGGCAGGCAAAGACUCAUUCAAAAAUUGGUAGAGCACCACCACAUCAUAUAUACAUAUAUAUAGCACGCCCCAUCCAGCACCAAGCCUCAGUGCCAUAGUCCAUAGCCAGUCACCUUCAAAUCUUCCAUCCAGAACACCAGCCCAGGUCUCCAGUCAAAAUUGAGCAACACCCCAAAUAUUUAGUAUCACCAUCGCUAAUUUUAUCCCUCUUCCAUCACGCCACUCGAGCUCUGAGUCGAGGUGGUUCGCGAUCAAUGGAUAUCCUCGUCUCUGCAAUCGUAGGCGACCUCAUCAGCAGGUCAGCUUCGUUCGUGAUCAGCAAAUACUUCCAGCAGCAGCCUGGCAUCGACCGGAUUCUGCGGAGGCUACAGAGUGUCCUACUGAGAAUCGACAUCAUCGUCGAGGAGGCCGAGGCGCGGGACAUCACCAACCAGGGGAUGCUCCGUCAGCUCAAGAUGUUGAGGCAAGGAAUGUACAGAGGCCGCUACGUUCUCGAUGCCUUGAGCUUCCAAGCUUCCCUCGACGAGAAGGAGGGGGAGGAGGAGAUGAGCCACUCCUCAUCUGCACUGUCUAAAGGCAGUUCAAUCAAACGCCUUCGUUUCUCUCACACACGUUGUGGUAGCAGCAACAGAGAAGCAGUGUUGUUCGGCACGAACAACAUGCGAGAAGAACUGCAACGGAUGGUGGACACCCUUGAAGACACCGUGGCUGGUAUGAAGGAGUUUCUUUUCUUCUUGCAGUUAUAUCCUCGCAUCCUCCGCCAACCUUAUGGCACGUAUUUGCUAUUGGACAACUGCAUGUUUGGUCGCCAAACAGAACGGGAACGGGUCCUAAAUUUCUUGUUGUGUCCUACUCAAGAUUUGGCUGUACUUCCGAUCGUUGGUCCAAUAAGAGUAGGGAAGAGCACUCUUGUUGAGAAUGUCUGUAGGGAUGAGAGUGUGCGUGAUCGCUUCUCGAUGAUCCUCUUCUUUCCAAAAGGAAGUCUUAAGGAUGAAGGAGUGAUCAACCUGAGAGAAAACAAUAUUAAAUUCAGGCAUCAGAAUUUUGCUUCUCGAAACAGGUUGCUGAUUAUUAUUGAACUAGCCAAGGAUAUUAACGAGGAAACAUGGAGAAGUCUGAAAUCUUCCGUAACCUGCAUGACACCUUGUGGCGGGAGCAAAAUCAUAAUUACCAGUCGGUCAGAUAGAAUUGUGAAUCUGGGAACAACGGAAGCACUUCGACUGGACUAUAUCUCUCAAGAAGCUUAUUGGCAUUUUUUCAAGUCAAUUGCAUUUGGAAGCAUAAAUCCUGGCGAGCAUCCAAAACUGGCAACUAUGGCUAUGGAGAUCGCUUUGGAACAGAGACAGUGUUUCACAAGCGCGCAUGUUGUUACUGGGUUACUGCAACAGAACUUCAAUGCUCAAUUCUGGUGCGCAGUUCUUGAAUGUGUACGAGCAAGUAAACAGGCAAAUCUCCUUAUGUUUGACCAUAACCCGUACCUUCGUUUGCGGGAAGAUGCACCAGUGUAUUGUUGGAGAUUGGUGAAGAGCCACAGAUAUUUCAUGCUUUGCAACUAUCAUCAGUCAGAUUCCAGUGAGAAUGUCCCUAAGAUCAAUCUGCGGGACAUUCUCUUAGGAUGUGGUGGUACACUACCCUGUGGAGAAUUUGAGGCUCUUGCAUGGAGGUCUCGCAUACCGCCCUACUACAACUACACAAUAAGCUGUAACAUGCAAGCACCAGAACUUACCGUGGGAAGGAAGAAGCGUGUGCAUCAGGACUCAGGAGGAAGAACGUUUGAUUUGAGUAACAUGUGCUGUCUGGCUCACAUCAUGUAUGUAACUGCCUUCUCCUAUACACUGUCUUUAGAACAGUCUUGUAUGUAUCCUAUUGAUCUGUGUGGGUGCUAUAUAAACCUAAGCAUUGUAAUAAAUCUUGGAUAUGAAGAAAAGAGGAGAUAAAAAAUGCCCCAAAUUUGCUCUGUUUCUCAUGUGUUUGAUCCUUGGGCAAAAGCCAACAAGUUUCAAUUCCUCAGUCACAUGUAUUUCCUGUGACAGAUUAUUUUCUUGUUGGGUUUAAAGAUCAGAAAGAUAAGCUGGAACGAGAGGAGCGGCAUUGCCUGGUGCUCAGGGCGUGAGGAGGUAACCACAAUGAUAAAAUUAAGUUGUUGGUUUCCUGUCUAUCAUCCAAUGAACUGAGCUGCAUUAUUUAUCGUUUGACUCAAACUAAAAAGAAUGUGAUAAAUCAAUGGGGAGAAGGAAAAAAAUAGAUUGAAUUCAGCAGUCUGCUGUGUUCUUGUUGCAGUAGCAACGGACAAAGGCCAUAUAUAUGGGGGUACAAGCAAACCAUACACCAACCUCUCUAAUGCCCAAUUAUGCUAGUAAGAGUUUGUAUAACCAACUCCCAGGUUCUUUGGAUAAAAAAUCAUGACAUCCAUUGAAAGCUUAGGCAGUAUAAAAAUGAUUAUAAUUCUCAUAAAAUGCAUAGCACAAGCUUGAACAAGUAUCAGACAUUGCUGAUGAGGGAACAGAAGACUUAAUAUUGGAUAAGGUGAGGCUGCUAAAUGUCGACCAUACAAUAACUGCUUAAUAUUGGAUAAGGAUAAGGUGAGGCUGCUUAAUAUUCUCCUUAUGUUUGACCAUAACCCGUACCUUCGUUUGCGGGAAGAUGCACCAGUGUAUUGUUGGAGAUUGGUGAAGAGCCACAGAUAUUUCAUGCUUUGCAACUAUCAUCAGUCAGAUUCCAGUGAGAAUGUCCCUAAGAUCAAUCUGCGGGACAUUCUCUUAGGAUGUGGUGGUACACUACCCUGUGGAGAAUUUGAGGCUCUUGCAUGGAGGUCUCGCAUACCGCCCUACUACAACUACACAAUAAGCUGUAACAUGCAAGCACCAGAACUUACCGUGGGAAGGAAGAAGCGUGUGCAUCAAGAGGAAGAACAUUUUAUUUGAGUAGCACACUAUCUGUGACUCAUAUCAUGUAUGCUACCGUGUUGUCCUGUGAAUUAGGAAAUAUUAUUACUCUGCCUUAAUUAGGAGUCUUGCUAAAUAGUUAACAUAUAUGUCUACUAACAUGUAGGCACGGAGGACUUCUAUCCUAGUAGCAUAAGUUUGCAUGUCAAGUACAUUCUGGUUGUGUUUGGGCAAGUACUUUCAGAAUCAAAACAAUGUUUGCAUUGCCGGUUAAAUCAGAGUCCAAGAUAAAAUGUAUUUAUAAAGUUGAGUGCUUGAGUCCAUAUCCGAUUGAUCUGGAUACUAUGGGUACUGUAUAAACCUAAGCCUUGCAAUAAUCCUUGAACACGAAGAAAAGAGUACAGAAAAGUGUCCCAAAUUUGCUCUGUUUUUCAUGUGUGCGUGCACUUGAUCCUUGGGUGAAAACCCACAUGUUUUAAUUCCUCUGUCGCAUUUAUUUUCUGUAACAGAUUCUUUUUUUGCUGGGUUUAAAGAUCAGAAACUUAAGCUGGAAUGGGAGUAGUGGAGGUAACGAUAAGAUAGAAUUAAGUUGUUGGUUUCUUGUCUAUCAUCCCAUGAGCUGAGCUGCAUUUUCUAUCUUUUGACUCAGAAAAAAUAAUAAUAGAUAAAUAAAUGGCGAGAAGGGAACAAAUUAGAUUGAAUUUUGCAAUCCGUGUUCUGUUUUUUGUGUGUGUGGGGAAUCCAUGUUCUAGUUCCCGUAGCAACAGAUAAAGGCCAUAAAAGGAGUACAAGCAAACAACAUAGCAACUUAUCUAAUGCCCAGGUGCCUUAGAUUAAAAAAAAUAUGACAUCCAUUUAGAACUUAGACAGUAUAGAAAUGAUUACAAUUUUCAUAAAAUGCAUAACACAAGCUUGAACAAGUAUCAGAUUUCCAUAAUUCAGUAUCGAAUCAAUGAUAUGAGUUAUUAACUUGCCCAGGAGGAGGCGGGGUGAUCUUUACCAUACAAAAAGUUAUUACCUACUACCUCCGUCCCGUAUUAAUUGUCGCUCAAACAGAUCAAGGAGCAGCUAGAUAUGGCUAUGAUCAAGGGCAACUGAGUGACUAGCUGACACAAAAGUUGAAGGUGAAGCCCACCAUACUAGUUUUUGGAGAAGCUGAAUGUUAUUGGUAACUGUGGUAGUUCAGACAUCUUUAUUUAAUGAAAUAUGAUAAUCUGAUAAACUUGUUUCUCCAAAUAUGCUCCUUGUGGGUUCAGGAGUCAGCAGUCAGCACUAGAGGUCAGGGGAUUAUUGUUACCCCAUCCCCAUUGGAGAAACAUGGGAUCUAACUGGCCUGACCACAUAUAGUUGCUUCAAUGGACGGAAGCUGCAGCGCCAGGAGUUCAAGGAAAUGCAGCAGCAAGCAAGGAUGCCUGGGAAGGAGGAAGUGCAGUGCUUGCCAAGGAGGCCGGGCACAGUUCCAGCUGCUCUGAGUACAACAACA